AAAGGAAGCACAAUGCAAAACAAAGCAUAUAGACUCCCAGACACAGAGGAACACUCCACAUAACCGCAUUUUAGGGCAAGGACACUAGACCUUCCCUCUCUUAAUAAGACAGCGUAGAAGGAGUCAAAAGCUGGUGAAAUCACACCUUGUGGCCCAGAAGGCUGAUGUAGUUUUACUUUACUGCAGGGACCUGCAGUCCUCAUACUUCAGUAACCUGCAGUCCUUCUUUGCAUCCGAGAAGACUUAAGGUCCAUUCAUUUCUUCUCAUUUCUUUGCUUUAUCUCGAGUUAAAGCGGUAUCGGAUUUAGGUGUGUUGCGAUCUCACUUUCAGCUGCAAUUUGUUAUAAAAUAGUGUAUAUUUUAUACUUUUUAACCCUUUCACAGUUCAAAUAAGGGGUAUUUUUGUCACUGACACCUCAACGCACAAUUUUUCGUGGACAGUUUCGCUCACCUCGACCAUAAAAGUGGAGAGUAGCACCAGUGGUCCUCGUACGAUCAAUAACCAAACAACCGUCUUCUGCUACUUAAAAUCUCUGAACUCAUGGCAGAGACAGGCAGAUCUCCAUUUCCUAGCACCAUUUUUAUUAUCCUUCAUCUCCUUCUGUCUCACCUUUUCGUCUCUGCAACUUCGGGUGGAAGCCCCUUUGUCUUUAAUGACUUCCGUGGUUCCAACCUGACCUUAACGGGGUCUGCUAUAGUCACAGGCCCUGGUGCUCUGCGCCUAACCAACAACUCGAACAUCCUGUCUAGUGGCUACACCGGCCAUGCUUUCUACCCUAUGCCUCUGCGUUUCAGGGACCCGUCACUUGUUAACAGAACUUUCUCCUUCAGUAGUCGGUUCAUCUUUGCCAUUGUUUCGGAGAUGCAGAAUUCCGGAUGUUGCGGCUUUGCGUUCACUGUGGCGCCCUCCUCCGAUCUGCCCACAGCUGUAGCUGGCAACUUCAUGGGCCUCGUCAACAAAUCCACCGACGGCAAACCCUCCAAUCACAUAUUUGCAGUUGAAUUCGACACUCUGUCGGGAUCGUCAGCGAACGAUCCCGACGGUAACCACGUGGGCGUCGACAUCAACAGUGUGACCUCCAACUUCACUGAGCCUGCGGCUUACUACACGGAUGAGUCGACGAAUCAAACGAUUAAUCUGCAAAGUGGUGAAAGCUUGCAGGCAUGGAUCGACUACGAUGGCGUUUCAGGCUUGAUCAACAUAACCAUAGCUCCUCUGUCCCACCCUCUAAGGCCUCACCGCCCCCUGAUAUCUUACCCUCUAAAUUUAUCUCCUCUUCUGCAAGAAUUCAUGUACGUAGGAUUCUCUUCCAGCACCAAGUUGCUAAUCAGUGAACACUAUAUCCUAGCAUGGAGCUUUGCAAUCAAUGGAGAAGCUCCACCUCUGGACUUGUCAAAACUUCCCCGGUAUCCAAAGAUUAAACCGACUGGGAAAACCUCUAGACUCCUGCCAUAUACUUCAACCUUAGCACUCUUCCUUGUCACCACCAUAGCCAUUGCUUCCUAUCUACUGUACAGAAGGUGGAGGCUUUAUUCAGAGUCGGUUGAAGAAUGGGAACUGGAUUACCCUCACAGAUUUCCCUACAAGGAACUUUAUAGAGCAACCAAAGGUUUUAGGGAGAAGGAGCUGUUGGGCAGGGGAGGUUUUGGCAGUGUUUACAAAGGAGUUCUGCCCAGCAGCGGCUUGGAGGUUGCAGUCAAGAAGGUGACAAAUGGUGCCACACAGGGGAUGAGAGAGUUUGUAGCAGAGAUAUCAAGCUUGGGGAGGAUGAGACAUAGGAACUUAGUCCAGCUGCAGGGUUGGUGCAGGCGUGGAGAGGACCUGCUGCUGGUGUAUGAUUUCAUGGUUAAUGGAAGCCUAGAUACCUUUCUUUUCAACCAGCAAAAGGUACUCCUUUCCUGGAAAGAAAGGUUCAAGAUUCUCAAGGGAAUUGCUUCUGGCCUGCUGUAUCUGCAUGAAGGGUGGGAGCAGGUGGUUGUGCACAGAGACAUAAAGGCAAGCAAUGUAUUAUUGGACGCUGACAUGAAUGGCAAGCUCAGUGAUUUUGGCCUCGCAAAGUUCUAUGACCAUGGAAGCAACCCCCAAACGACUCGUGUUGUAGGCACACUGGGUUACAUGGCACCUGAGCUCUCGCAGACGGGCAAGGCCACGACGAGUGCCGACGUCUUCUCCUUUGGCGCAUUGCUUCUUGAGGUGGCGUGUGGAAGGCGGCCCAUGGACUAUAAGAAAUCUGAGGAAGAAGUCAUGGUGGUAGACUGGGUGCUCAUGUGCUGGAGGAGGGGAAGGAUACUUCAUGCAGUGGAUGAGCGGCUUGGUAUGAAUUAUGUAAGGGAAGAGGCAGAAUUGGUACUCAAGCUUGGCAUCCUCUGCUCUCAGGCUGCACCUGAGGCUAGGCCUAGCAUGAUGCAGGUGGUUCAGUUUCUCAAACGGGAUGCAUCCAUGGAGGACUUUGUAGUUGAAAAUCUAGUCAUGGAGUCUGAUUGUAGGAGCUUUGAACAGGUAGUCCUCGCAUACCCUUCUUCUGACAGGUUGUCGCUGAGCUCGCUUUGAUCGAACUGACAAUCAUUUCUUCACUGUUCGAGCUAACAAGUUAACAAAAUUUGAGCCGUAGCCGCUUUUUGCAGAGCACCCUAGGAACAGAAAAGAGGAUCAUGGUGGGAUUGCUUUUGAAAUGUUCAAGUGUAUAAGUGGACCAGAGGCCUUCGUUGCUUUCUUUGAAUCAUUAAUGUGAACAGGGCGGGGCGUCAACAGGAUAUGUAUUUACUCUCUCAGAUCAUGGGUAACUAUCAUCUGACUUGACUUGGAAAUUUCAUGACGAAGGGUCGUACCUGCUUUGAAGAAAUCGGAAGCUAUCAACUCAUUUUGACAGAUGUGGGUCCGCAAUCAGAUUUGGUGACCAAUUCGUCAAUACAGACCGCUAAGUUUGCAGGAGAUUUUUCUUCGCUGUCCACAUGGUGAAGAUCACUUCAAAUCCAAACCACUUGAUGUGGAUUGCUUCUUGGAGAGAAAGGCUUACAUGAGCACUAGAGCUGAUUUGUGCGAGAAUAGAGGAUGAUUGAGCUGCUGCCAGAAAAUAGAGAGUUACCGGUGAAAAUUUUGCCAUCACGGCGACUGCGCCCCCAAUCUCCAACCGGAAUUGGGAUUUUCUGCAAUCUGGUGACUUGUUCCCUCAAAUUCCUUUGUUAUUUAGUUUCCUGUGUUUCGUAUUGAUCAAUUCUGUAUUCAAUUGGGAAAAACAACAAUUAUGUCGAGGGCAAAAGGCGGCAGAGAAAUGAGUUGACGUCCUUCAAACCAGUGGAAUUGACUAUCGAGCAGGUUUCGGCCUGAAACCUGAGUUCUUGGAGGAGUUACUAACGAAGAUUCAGAUCAAUUUGAGCUUCCAGGAAAGAAUGCCCAAAUUCAAAAGUAUUGCCUCCUUCGAGAGCUGAAUGUGUUCACCGGCGAGGCGGAGCCUCGAUUGCAUCCCCAAUUCUUCCACAGAUUGGGUUAAGUCUAUCAAUCCGAUGACGAAUUCUAACUACAGACUCAUACUGAAUAUCUCCUUAACUGGAUUCGGAUUUGGUGUGGCUUUUGAGCUGAAUUUCCAGCUACAGAACCUGUGGUCGAACAUUCCCAGGCGCUGUGAACAGGUGCUGCUGCUGAAAGUGAACGCAUCCGCCGGCGCUUACCAGUGAUCGUCACCCCCAAAAUCUAUCAUCUCCUGUGGUUCAAUUGUCAAUCUGAAACUGCACCCGAAGUGUGAAGUAGCUGUGUCGAAGAUCGCUGGCCAACUGCUUCCCCUGCUCUCCUCCACCACCGCUUCUCCUUCUUUGAUAUAGAACUGUUUUUCUCAUUCUCGGAAGUAGCGGGCAUUCAAUUUUUUUGAUCAUGGCCGAUACCCUCAACAAUCAAGCAGCAGCAGCUCUAGCAGUUUGAAAGGAGGAAACGAUCAAAGUCAUGGGAUACUUAAGAUCAUCUCUAUUCUUCUCAACGACACCAAUGAUCUCAAUUGGGCUAAAGCUGCCCAUCUUUUGCUGAGUGGGCGAUCUAAAGUGGGAUAUAUAUCAGUGGAAAAAUCAUGCCUCCAGCAAAGGAUGAUCCUCAUCAUGAAGAUUGAGAAUUUGAGAAUGACAUGUAACUCAAUGUCAAACUCAGCUUUAGAAGUCAUGGAGAUGUAACCGCCCCUCUAGAAGUGAGCAAAUUGCAUGAUACUUGGCCAGAGAAGCACCUCUAUGAAAGACUAUGGGUGAGUGCGAAGGAAGUGAGAGAACAUUUCAAAUGGAUGGACACACUAGACAAACUGUUAAGUAUGCUGACUGCAACUUGUGAACAGAAACCUCAGCCCCGAGCAACAAUAGUAGUAGACAAGCCGACAAAUAAGUCGACUGCAACUUGUAAACAGAAAUCCUAAAAGCAGAGCCAGGCUGCAUUUCAGUGUCUUGUUGAUCAAAAUUUUGGAACCAACAGGUUGGACAUCCGAGUUUAGCUUCGACAACUAGUGUGCUUGUUAAUUGAGAAGAGAACAAAAUACACUUUCUUAGUCUUGUAAAUUGUGCUUGUUAAUGGAGCAGAAUAACAUUGUGGAUGUACUCAUAUUCCCAAUCUUAGGCUUUCCACGUUUUUUCCAGAUACCACUUUCUUAGUCUUGUAAAUUGUAUUUGACUUUUUUUUAAAUAUGACGACUUACCUAACCUCUACCAAGUUG